AUGCGCUGUCCCGGCAGCCAGGGCAGGGCUGGGCUCCCCGCGGGACCGGGGCUCCGGUCCGCGCUGCCGCCAGCGUCGCGGGGAUGGAUUCGGAGGAGAGCUCCUUUGUCCGGCUGUCCCCCAACGAGGCCCCGCAGAAUGAUGGCUCGAAGAGCCCCGAGCGGCUGCGUGAGGAGGUGGAGUGGUGCAAGGAGCUUUACCGUAUUCUGGAGCAAGACCAUACAAAGCUACAAAUAGCCAAGGAAGCUGCAGAGCAAAGGACACAAGAGCUGAAAAAAGAAGUAGAGCUUCAUAAAAUUUUUGAGCAACAACUGACUUUAAAUGGAGAUGAAGAAAGAGCCCACCAGAUUUUUACAAUUAAGGAGGAGAACAACAUACUGAGGCAGGAGAAGCAGAUUCUGGAAAAUAAACUGGAAGAAUUGAAGAAGAGGGUCCUCCGGAAUAAUCCUAUGAUGAUGCCGUCUUCCUUGCCGAAAAAGAAAGUGAUCUUUAAGGGACUCACAGUAAACAAGGAGGACAUGAACAAGCUGAUGCUCACCCCACUGAUCCACUACCCUCUGCAGGGAGGCUCAGCUCUCAUCACCUUUGAGGAGGCAAAGGUGGCCCAGAGGAUCAUAGAGAUGAGGGAGCACACAGUGGAGCUGAGCUGUGGGGAACUGGAGGAGCUCGACCACUGCAGAGUACAAGUGCAGGCAGUGCCAGUGGAGAUCCCACUGCCAUCUGCCCUGGAGAUGAGGCUGAGUCAGAGCAGCAGGAGCAUCCUUUUGUCUGACUUGCCGAGCCUGGAUAUCUCCAGGGAGGCACUGCUGGACAAGCUGGAGAUCUUCUUCAGCAAGACAAAGAAUGGGGGCAGCGAGGUGGAGAGCAGGGAGUUCCUGGAGGACUCCGACCAGGUGGUGCUGACCUUCACACAGGAUGGAGUGGCAGAGCCGCUGAUUGAAAGAGAACAUAUCCAGGUGUCCAUUGGGACAGGGGAAUACAAAGUCAAAAUAUCACCGUGCAUGAAUGGAGACAUCUCUAACCUGCAGCUCCAGCCCUCCUGCUGCCCCAGAACUGUCCUGCUCUUGGGCAUCCCCGAUGUGCUGAGUGAGGAGUCCAUGAGGGACGCCCUGGAGAUCCACUUCCAGAAGGCCAGCCGCGGCGGCGGGGAGGUGGAUGCCCUCGCCUACGUCCCAGCGGGGCAGACAGCGGUGGCCGUGUUCGUGGAGGACACGGGCUAGUCCUGUCCAGCCCCGUCAGCCCGAGGCUGAGGAGCUCCGUGUGUCCGUUGGGCCGCGGGCACGGGGGAAAUUAAAUCGUCUGUU